UAAUAAUUAUUAAUCUUAGACUUAGAUUGUGUUGUAUUAAAUUUCAAUAUUUAUUAUUUUCAUUAAUAAAUUAUACAAUCAUUUACUUUUAAGAUAUGUUUCAAGUAAGCGGUAGCCAGUAGGACGUAGAAUGUCCAUCAACUUAUUGUAUUGUUACAUCAAUUAUAGUUGAACAUCAAUAAAACAACGUUCAUAAGUCUAUGGUUCUACGAUGGAGCAGAAAAAUGAUAUGUUAGGUGUCGAAGAUAUUGUGUUUAUGCUACUUGAAACAUUGAAGUCUAAUGGCACAUUCGAUGAAAUCCGUAGACAUUGUGUUACUGAUAUUGAUGCUAAGCCGACUUACCAAAAUUGGAAACAGCGAAUAGAAUCAAAUGUCAACAAGUUUUUAAGCAAAGUAAAAUAUACUCCCGAAUUAAAUAAAAACACUGUUCGAGAACGACUUCGAAAACAUUUACUUGAUGGACGCGAAACUCAAGAUAUUGAAGAAGGAGCUGAUAGAAUACUUACUCAAGUACUUGCGCCUCGUACACUAAGUAUUUUUGAACCUAAAAUAGCAAUUGCUGUUGAUGAAUACUUGGGAAUCAAAAAUGAAGCUCCUCCAAUUGAAAUUAAUGGUUUAAAAGAAUCUAGUAUGAAUUCGAUAAAUGUAUCUAACAUUGAAAAUAGUAAUGUUUUCAAUCCCAAAAUAGAUUUUAUCCCAGGUGCUGAUAACAUACCUUGUGAUAAAACACAAAAAGAUGACAGAAAGGACUUAAGAUCAGACAAAAAAGAAAAAUCUUCUAGUCUUUGUAAAGAACCUAAAUCAUUGAAUGGUAAUCGAACUGAUGAUGAAAAUGAUACCGGAGGAUCUUUAAAACAAAAAAGUAGUCAACACAAGAAUAAAACUUCUGUAUCUGAAAAGUCUAAGUCUUCAUCUACUAAUCAUAAAAGUAAUAAAAAAGAUAAUAGUUGUAAAGAAGUUGUAGAUAAAUCUAAAGAUAUAGUUGACAAGUCUAAAGAUAUAGUUGACAAAUCUAAAGAUGUCAUUAAUAAACCUAAUGAUAUUGUUAAUAAGCCUAAAGAUAUUAUAGACAAAUCUAAAGAAGUAGUUAAUAAAUCUAAAGAUGUUAGUAAGCCUAAAGAUAUUGUUGACAAAUCUAAAGAUGUUAGUAAGCCUAAAGAUAUUGUUGACAAAUCUAAAGAUGUUAGUAAGCCUAAAGAUAUUGUUGAUAAAUCUAAAGAUAUUAUUAAUAAGUCCAAAGAUGUUAAUGACAAAUCUAAAGAUAUUGUUAGUAAGGCUAAAGACAUGGUUGAUAAGUCUAAGGACAAAUUUUUGUUAAAGAAUUCUAAUUCUAAUAGUUCAAGUCAUAAAAGUAACCGAACAGAUACAAAAAGAACUAAACGUUCUCUCGAAGAGAAAAAAAAAUCGUCUAGUCUUUGUAAAGAGCCUAAAUUAUUGAAUGGUAACCGAAGUGAUGAUGAAAGUAAUGCAGGAGGAUCUUCUAAACAAAAAAGUACUAUACACAAAAAUAAAAGUUCUUCAUCUGACAAGAGUAAAUCAUCAUCCAGUAAUCAUAAAAGUAGUAGAAAAGAUAAUACUAGUACCGAUAUUGUUGAUAAGUCUAAAGAUAAAUCGUUGUCAAAGAAUUCUACUUGUACUGAUGUUGAUAAGUCUAAAAACAGAUCUUUGUCAAAGAAUUCUAAUAAAACUGUUGAUAAAUCUAAAGACAAAUCUUUGUCAAAGAAUUCUAGUAGUACUGAUAUUGAUAAAUCUAAAGACAAAUCUUUGUCAAAGAGUUCUAGUAGUACUAACAUUGAUAAGUCUAAAGACAAAUAUUUGUCAAAGAAUUCUAGUUGUACUGAUAUUGAUAAAUCUAAAGACAAAUAUUUGUCAAAGAGUUCUAGUAGUACUAACAUUGAUAAGUCUAAAGACAAAUCAUCAUCAAAGAUUUCUAAUAGAACUGUUGAUAAAUCUAAAGACAAAUAUUUGUCAAAAAAUUCUAGUAGUAGUGAUAUUGAUAAGUCUAAAAAUAAAUCUUUGGUAAAGAAUUCUACUUGUUCAAGUCAUAAAAGUAACCGUAAUGACUCUAAAAGGCUUAAACUUUCUCAACCGGAAAAAAAUCAAUUACCUAUCAAUAAUGAAAGUGUUGAAGAAAAUAAAUCUGAAAAACCAGAAGAACCUGAAUGGAAUGAUUUUCGAAGUGCUAAUAUAACAAAUGAUGAACAAGAUGCAGCAAAUGUUUUAUUAUCAAUGAGUACAAUUUUUAAUGAAAGUUCUCAUAGUAAAAUUAUAACAGAAAAAAUAAUUUUUAUAGAAAAUUCUUCUCCUAUUUCUGAAACCUUAAAAACACCUAAAAUAGAAAAUGAAUUAGAUGUUAAAGAAGAUGUUGAUCAAGAGAAAAUUUUAUUAUCUAGUGAUAAUGAUGAUAUUAAAGAAAAUUCUCAAUUAAAAUCAAAUAAUUUAGAAACAUCACAAUUACUAAAUACUGUAAAAAGUGUAUCAAGCAUUGUUGGCCAUUUGUUUGAGAAAGUCUGUUCUGUUGAUAUUGAAAGGUUACCAUGUAAAGAUAUAAAAUUACAAUGUAAGUCUGUAAAUAAUGUUGAAAUACCUGAAGAACACCAAAAAUCACCUGAAAUAAAAGUAAAUGAAAAAGAAUUAAAAACAUUAAAUGUUGAAAACAAUUUGGAUCCAAGUGAAAAUGAAAAAACUAAUGAAUGUAAUUCUAAUGAUAUUUUAAAAGUACCAAAACUAAAAUUAAAACUAUUACCAAAUCAAAUUGAUUCUUUAAAUAAAUGUAAGAGAAAAAAACACCAUAAAGAUAAAGAACAUAAAAAAUUGAAACUUUCAAAAUCAUUUGAUAUUCCUAAUGAAGUUAAUGUACCUGUUAUUGAUAAUGUAUCAUCAAAUAUAAUGUGUGAACAAUUAGAACAAAAACCUAAUAAUGAUACAGACGUCAAAAUUAAUGAUUCGGAAAGUACCAUAUCCAAACAAAUAUUAUAUGAGAAAAUAGAAAAUAAUACUGUAGAAGUAUUGGAUGAUGACAAAUCACAUUACUCCUUUAUAGGAUUUUCUGAAGCAGAAGCUAUCCCAUGUAAAAACUAUGAAUUACUAAAAAAUGUGAUUAAAACCUUACAAGCAAAGGUUAAUAAUCAUGAUGUAAUUAAUGAUGGAUUUAAAGGUUUUACCAGUGCAGAAACUCAGCCGUGUAAACAUCGAGAUAUUGUUUAUGCAGAGCUUAUCAAGUUGAAAGAUAGUAUAUCUAGUUCAGACUUUAUCGGAUUCUCUGAAGAAGAUGCUCAAAUGAGUAUUGGACAUAAAUAUGUUAUAAAACAGCUCGAACUUGCCAAAAAACAAAGCAAUAUAGAUAAUAAUCAACAAAAUGUUACGUGUGGUGGGAAUGGAAUCCAGAAUGGAAAAACUUUUAAUGAAGUUAUGGCAGCAUAUUUGUAUAAAAGUAACAAUGAUAAUGUUACAACACCAAAAGAGAUCUACAGUAAACCAAUUACUGAUACUAAAAAAGAUUGUCCUACUGUAAAUAAUAAUAAUCACAAUCAUGACAAUUGGGUUGUUGAACAAGAAAUGAAAUAUAAACUUUUACCCGUAAAAGUAAAACUUGAAAGAUUAAUGGAGUAUGGAUGUAAUAAUGCUAAGCGUGUGUCUGACUCUUCACAGGUACCCAUAUAAUUAACAGUAAAAAAUAAUAUUUAUAACAAGAAUCAUGUCUUCAAUUUUUUCUUCAAAAAUAUUUGAAAAUAAGGGUCAGAAAGAAGUAUACUUGUUUAAUAGAUAUGGUCAAUAAACAGAACUCUGAACCUAUUUAAAAUAUAAUUGUGUGAUUGUUCCUUACCUUUUCAUUACAAUCAAUAAGAGUAAUAAACGUGUUAUUGAAAAUGUUAUAAUUAUAAAUUUUAAUUUUAAUGAAAUAGUACAUUUAAUAAUUAAAUUAAAACAUGAUGAAUAUG